AUGGCCAUAUCUGAUGUCGUGGCGCGGAACCUCACCACCAUCUUCCUCGCUCUCAUGGCGUCUUUCGAGGCCUAUGGCUUUCUCUGCGGCCGCAGGUUCAGCGGCGGCUAUGUCCUCAUCCUCGCCACCGCCGCCCUCAUUCUCAUUCUCGUCGCGACGCUCACGUGGGACAUCUCGCGCAAAGCCACCUGUGCCUUUCACCGCGACCACGGUGACAGCCAGGAGGUUUGCAAAGGAGGUAUCUGCUGGCACGGCGUGGCGCCGCGAUCGCCAGCUUCUCAGAUUAUUAUCACUGAUAUUAAAAAUGAGGAGGCAUGGGCAUCUGGGUCACUGAGCAAAUGCAGAUUCUCUUUGGUCUCUGCAGCAAUUCGCUCUACAGCAUAA